AGUCGAUCUGCAGCUGCUUGGGUUCAGAAAGCUUCCUGGGAAAGGCGCGAUGGCUUGCUUGUGCAUCCAGCGGACUUCAGCCUCCACCGCUCUAAGAAGAAUUUCCCCACAAAGGGCUGGGUAUCUAUGCGAGAAUGGCUGCGAGACUGUGAUGGCAGAAUCAUCGCAGUCCGACCAGUGCUUUCCGGAUCGUGAUGAGGCGCUUCUUCGUUUCGCUGGCGCUGGCGGCGGCCAGGGACCUGGAUGCCUUCGAUCGCCUGCAGGUGAGCGCUCCCAUGACCGUGGACGUGGUCACCGAUGCCGCGACGCAGGCCAAUGUGGACGUGGCCGCAGAUGGCCUCAACCUGGGCUGGACAGUGCAGUCAACAGUAACCCCCAUGACCUUCGGCCGGACCCUAUUGCUGGGCAUGGACGAUCGGGCGCGAAGGCAGGGCUUCCGCUGGCCCGAAGCCGCAAGCUCCGCGCGCCUCGUGGUGCCCGUGACGCUGGCGGAGGUGGCAGUCACCGGCGGCGCCAAGGUGGUGGUGGACAAUGUUACGGACGCCUUGUUAGCGGACAAAGGCAGCAGCUUGACGGUGAAGAACUUCACUGGGGACCCCAAUAGGACCAACAUCUUCAUUGCUGCGACUGGAGCGAACAUCACGAUCUUGGCAGGCCACGUGGGCAAGGCCUUUGUGCAGGUGGGCAAAGGCAGCAGCGUGGUGCUGAAUUGUGACAUCAACGCCACCAUCGAGGCGCACCCAGAGGCGCUGGUCUUUGUGAAUUCGACACUGAUCUUCGGGAACCUGACUGCUGGGAACCUGUCGAACAUGUCGAACCUGACCGCUGGGAACGUGUCGAACAUGUCCACCGGGCUUACCACGAAGGAGACCGAGAAAGCAAAGCGCGCUGAGAAGGAGGAAGCUGAGGCGAGCGCAGAAUCUGCCCUCGUCUACCCGUAAGCUGUUGCGCUGCGUUGCACAGAACUUUUAUCUUAGGACAGCUGAUUUUGACGGGCGCGUUUGGAGUGCUCGUGUCAGUGUAUAGUGUCGUUUUUAUUUUCCACCUGUACAGUGCUGACUCAGAAUUCGCCUUUUGCUUAAUGGCCGGCAUGUCCUGGUCCAAUUGAUCUGCCUAGGUGCCGAUCGGAAGUGUGGCUGUUCAAGUUGCUUGGAACCCGUGCU